AUGUCAGCGUCGCGCAGAGGAACACAAGAUUCGACGUCGCAAGGUGCUUCGGCCAAGUCAGGCUCAGUCCUUGCCGCCGCCUUUCAAUACACCGAACCGAGUCGACCUUCCCACUCUGCCUCCCGUUCGAGGUCAUCCAGCGUCCAUCACGCGGGCAUGAACGGCCUCUCGCCACGUCGCCGUGCUCAACAGGCUGCGAUGAACAGCUAUGUCGCCAGCACCGACCUUCCUCCACCGCCUCCUCCCAUCUUUGUCCGUGCCUUGUAUAACUAUGAAGCCGAUGACCACACCAGCUUGAGUUUCCGCCAGGGGGAUAUAAUCCAGGUGUUGACCCAGUUGGAGAGUGGGUGGUGGGAUGGCGUGAUCAACGACGUUCGGGGCUGGUUCCCCAGCAAUUAUACCGCCGAGAUCACAAAUCUGGACGAACUGAGCGAGGCGGGUCUAGGUGUCCAUGAUGAGAGUGAGACCGGGUCAGGCACCGAGGAAGAGUAUGAUGAAGAGGAGGAAGAUUCAGACGCGCACACUCAAGAUGAGGACUCGGACUUGCCGAUUGAGGGUGGUCAUUCCCAGGCGCAGGAAGAGGCGGCGUUUUGGGUUCCUCAGGCGACCCCAGAUGGUCGAUUGUUCUAUUUCAACACACUGACCGGGGUCAGUACGAUGGAACUGCCGUUGGAAACGCCAACAAGUUCGGAUGAGAGCGGACCCCGAGAUCGAAACAAUUUUCACGUACCAGAGCAAACGAGGCCGCCGCCCGAGAUGAUGGCAGGAGGGUACGGGCAGAAUGAAGAAGACUACGAUGGGUCUGCUUCUGAGGCGGACGGUGAACAAUCAUUCUUGUCUUCGCGCAAGAAAGGGUCCAGUUCUAUGACUUCUGCCAGUAUCUCAACCUCAACCUCCAUGGAUUCCCUCAACGCAGGCUCAGCCAGCUUCUAUGCGAACCACCCCGCCCUUUCAGACUUUCCUUCUACCCAGUUUGACUCUCUCAGCAUGUCAAUGGCCCCGUCUCGUCUGGGCCCCAGCUCAACUUCAUUCGCAGCAGGGCUACCUCCCAAGCUGUCCAAAUCUCCCACACCCCGAUUUUUCCUGGACGACGGAGGUGUCACUGCUGUCACGUGGAACAAUCUGGUGGAAAAUAUGCGCACUGCCGUCGAGGCGUAUCGUCAUGCAAUUCACGUCCGCGCACGGGCAGACUAUGUUCGAAGGGCAGAAGACAUCUCAGACCAUCUUCGCAUGCUGCUCGCUGCCGGUUCAGGAACCACGGAUAACCACUCAGGAAACCCUUCCAUAAUAUCGUCAAACAAGGCCCUGUACCCUCACUUUCGGGAGAUGAUGUCCAAGUUUUCGAAACUCGUUCUGUCUUCGCAUAUCGCCGCCGCCGACUGGCCGGGGCCUGACGCAUUGACGAAAUGUCUACAAGAAGCCGAUGGCGUGAUGAAUGGGGUAUACGGCUAUGUAGAAGUGGCUCGGCAGCAGAGAGGAGAAGAGAUCCCACGAUUGUUCCCUGGCUUUAUCAUGGCAGUACGCCAAACCAGCUUGGGCGAGGUUUCGUUUAUGGACUCCAAUGAUGAGAUCGUCUACCGGCCCUCCGAACCACUCGACGCCAACCUACUUCGACGCAUUGAAGAUUCCAAGAGGACCUUGUCGGCUGCGAUUCGUCGCCUUGAGGAGGUUCUGGUUCUCACCGAAAAGAUCGUCACUCCCGCGCGGCUAUCUGCGAUAGGAGAUAUGAUCUGUCAAGGAGCAGGCUUGGUUUUGGAAAAGUUCCGACCCUGGAUCUCGCACGUCGAGUCUAUCGAUCUUUCUGCGCUGGGAAAUGUGUUUCAGAAACCGUCGCUGGUGGAUUUUGGACCGCAGAAGCAAAAAGCCUACGAUUCCAUUGGCGAGUUGGUGGCCACUUGCCAGGCGGUCACCAUGCCACUCCCGGACGAAUGGGCUGAAGUGCGUGGCGAUUCUCUGGAUACUCGCAUAACCAACGUUCGACAUGCUUGCCAGCAGCUGGACACUCACGUGGCCAACGUGGGCUACGCAUUGGAGCUGUUGCUUCCUGCCACCGCCCUAAACCCAGCUACGGCGACGAACAAGCGGGAGAAUCGCGUGACGGACGGAGGUGAGACCUAUCAGACUCAUCAUCUUCGAUCCGACUCGAAGCACGCGGCGAAUCUGCGCCCUGCGUUGGCAGACCUCGGUCAGUCAAAGUCAUACACGCUUGGUGAAGAUCCCAUGGCAGACAAAUUACGUCGACCGCCGACCAAGGACAAAGCAAGGCAAUUCUUCGGACAGAUCCCGCCGGAUUUGAACCCCGUUAAAGCCACUAUUGAGCCGAGCUUCUCUGCGGACGAGGUCCCAUGGUAUCUACAACUCGACCACGCGGACGAAAUCACUUAUGAUACCAAGAACGACCCUCCGCAAGUCAAAAGCGGAACGCUCACGGGACUAGUUGAGCAACUUACGCGACAUGAUCGACCGGAUACAACCUUUACAACGACCUUCUUACUCACCUACCGUUCUUUCACGUCAGCUUCGGAGCUCUUUGAGCUUUUGGUCAGGCGGUUCAACCUUCAGCCACCUGCCGGCCUCAAUCGAGACGAGUAUUCCGUUUGGGAAGAGCACAAGCAGAAGCCGGCGAGAUUUCGAGUUCUGAACAUUCUCAAGUCGUGGCUGGAGCAGUAUUGGAUGGAGGCCGACGAUGGCAACAGUCAAGCAUUGUUAGAGCGAAUGCUGGCUUUCGCGAACCGCACAUACACCACGACGAAGAUUCCGCUAGCAAAAUCUCUAACCACCAUCAUCGAUCAGCGACUGAAGGGAGGGGAGGCACUUUCCAAGAAGCUUGUGUUGACUCUCACCAAUUCCGCCCCGGCACCUAUUCUGCCCAAGAACAUGAAGAAGCUCAAAUUCCUGGAUAUCGAUCCCAAAGAAUUUGCGCGGCAACUGACUAUCAUCGAAUCGAAACUUUAUGGCAAGAUCAAGCCGGUAGAAUGCCUGGCCAAGACAUGGGAGAGAAAGAGCAAGUCGGACAGCAGCGAUACCGCUCCUAACGUGCAAGCUCUCAUUUUACAUUCCAACCAGUUGACGAACUGGGUUUCCGCAAUGAUACUGGGACAAUCAGAGGUCAAGAAGAGGGUGGUUAUCAUCAAACAUUUUGUGCUGAUUGCUGAGCAAUGCCGUGUAUUGAACAAUUUCUCGGCUGUGACAGCCAUCAUUUCAGCACUGGGCACUGCCCAUAUCGUCCGACUGAGUCGAACCUGGCAAGCUGUCAACCCCAAGACCAACGCCAUCCUUGAGUCCAUGCGCAAUCUGAUAGCCUCCUCGAAAAACUUUGCGCUUUAUCGUGAAACACUACGCCAGGCAACCCCGCCGUGCAUUCCUUUCUUAGGUGUCUACUUGACCGAUCUGACAUUCAUCGAAGAUGGAAUUCCGUCUCUGACCAAGAACACAGAGUUGAUCAACUUCGCCAAACGGACUAAAACUGCCGAGGUUAUUAGAGAUAUUCAGCAGUAUCAGAACGUGCCUUACAGUCUCCAUCCCGUCCCCGAAUUGCAGGAGUGGAUUUCCGACAACAUGAAAAAUGCCGGAGACUCCCACGACGACAUGUUCGCUCAGAGUCUCAAGGUUGAACCUCGUGAGCGAGAAGAGGAGAAGAUUGCACGGCUGCUGUCCGAGUCGGGGUUCCUGUGA